AUGUCGAGCCGACAGCUUCGGAAGCUCCAGAAGCAAAGAGAGUUGGAGGAGGCUCAGCGACUCGCAGAGAAGGAAUCGGAUGAGAGCGAGGAGGAGGUCGCGCCUAUUGCUGCUCCGAAGCCUCGGGUGAGCCUCUUUGCGGCUCUAGGUGGCGACGACGGUGAUGAUGCGCAGGACGAGGAUGAGGAGCAAGAGGAGGAACAACAGGUCAAGGAGGAAGUGAGUGAAGAGCAGCAGCCGACUACGUCAGUGAAGAGCAAGAAGAAGAAAAAGAAGAAGAAGAAGAAGGCUUCUGCUGCUGUAGUACCGGAUGUUGAGGAAGAAGAGGAUGAAAUCGACAAGGCCAUCAAGGAACUCAACAUCACCACCAACGCACAAGACACCUCAGCAGCUUCUUCAACUCAAUCAACCCGGAGGAUCAACGAGCUACUAACAAUAAACCCAUACCACCUCCGUGCUGUCAACGAGAUGCGCAACCUCUUUGGCCGCGACGUCAUAGAAUCCGCCGAAGCAGAAGAGGAGCAAGAACGCAACCGAAACCGCCGCGGCCAGAUGCAGCGCGAAGUCGACCUCGAGACAUUCCUCCGCUCGCCGCCAGGUGCCCCAAAGCUUCCAGAGGUGUCGCUGCGCCGCAACGUCUUUAUCCAGGGACGGGAGCACUGGCCGAGGCAGAGCGCCGGAGGUCUCACGAUGAAGGAGGUGGGAAGGGCGCCCGACGGGUCGUGGACCGAGUAUGCGUAUUUCCACGACAAGAACUAUGAUGCCGUGCAGGCCUUCUUUUUCGCCUGUGUGCACAUUGGUGAUCCUAUGCGCAUGGUUCAUCUGCUCAAGGAAGUCCCAUACCAUGUAUCGACACUCCUGCAGGUCAGCAGCGUCGCCAAGCAGGACCAGAACAUGGCCCUCGCCGCCGAACUGUGCGAGCGAGCCCUCUUCACCUUUGGUCGCGUGACCACCUCGGCCUUCCGCCAGAACAUUGAGCAGGGCAAAGCACGUCUCGACUUCCGCCGACCAGAGAACAGACAGUUCUGGCUGGCUGGAUAUCACUAUCUGAAGAGUCUCAUUCGCAAGGGAACCUACCGAACAGCUCUGGAGUGGGCCAAGCUUCUUUACACGCUGGAUCCCAAGGACCCCUAUGCCAUGCGGCACUUUAUCCACGUCCUUGCAAUUCGAGCCCACGAGGCUCAAUGGCUGAUUGACUUUCUCAACGAGGUAGAAAAGACGAGUGAGAACCGAGACACAAUAUACCUAAGGCAAACCCUGGUGCUCGCUCACCUGCAGCUCGGCGAUACGACCCGCGCUGCCGAAGAACUCGAGAAGGGCAUGAGGCGAGUUCCUUGGCUAUACUGCGCGCUAUUCCAGGAACUGAACCUCGAUACACCGCCAUCCAUCUGGGGUAUUAACGCCGACUCCAAUGAAAGGUCGUUCUGGGUGAAACUCUACAUCCACCAGGCAAAGGAUCUCUGGAACAACGCUCAAGCCAUUCCAGUACUGGAAAGGGUAGCCAAUACCCUUGAAAAGGUAGACACGAGCGUGCUGCCCAAGGAUGACUCUCCAGCAGACCAGGGCGCCACACGGCUUGCCUUCCUCGAAGGGCAGACAUCCCUCAUGGCUUUGGCACCUCGAGAACUGCUCGAUGCCCAGCCCAACUACGAAUUCGACCCCCUGCCGCCUGCGGAAGCGGACAACAUAUUCACCAGCGAAGGGACACAACUGCCCUGGCGCGAGAGGCAGCGGCAGAACGAAGCUCCGCCCAGCGAAAUUGAGGCGCGUAUGCGUAACAUGUUUGCACGUCACGCGGCUGCGGCUGACAACGGCGCCGAGGGCGAUGACAUGGAACUUGCCGCCCUGCUCGACGACGAGGAGCUGCAGCGGGAUCUCGAGGAGCACGCACGUGCGGGCAACCAGGCGGGGCUUCUCAACCGACUGAUGCAGAUGCUUGGCGUGACAGCCGGCCCGACUGGUGAGGUCGAUGAGGCUGCUGCUGGACGUCAGGGGAAUGAAGAUGAAGAUGACAGGCCGGAGCGGCCUGGGUCGGAGGCGGAGCGUGGUCCGAACGGGGACGGCGUUCCAGGGGCUUGGCCCGAGGACGACCGGUGA